AUGAUGUUGCAUCUAAAGGUGCUGAACCUUGGUGAACAGGACCGACUGGUGGCCUGUAUCUUGUACUACAUGAAUCUGACCAUUCUGUGUGUAUUUAUCGUGGAAUUGGCUUUCAAAGUGGUCACUUAUGGAAUGACCACGUUCAAACACCGCAUGGACGUCGUCGAUUUUUUUAUCGUAUUGCUGUGCUUUUCUCUCAGUUUGACCAUCGGUGGCUGCGACCGGUCCGUCAACAGUGCCGGACUGCUGAUCGCUUUCCGGCUGUGGAGGAUCUCCCACAUGGUUUCUUCUGUCAAGCAAGAAUUCGAUCGCAAAAUGGUGAAAGAGGAGCGAAUGAGGACGGCCCUCGAAAGGGAAGUGUGUAAACUGCGGGACUAUUGUGUAAACCAGGAGUACGAACUGCAGAUGUACCGUCUUUUGCUGCAGCAAAACCACAUCGCUCUUCCCACCGUGCUGCGAAUGCCCCGGACUCCGAACACCUUGAACGUUAUAGCUGAAGUAAACGAUGCCGACUCUUCGUCGAAACUGGAAUCCCCACCCCGAGGUCAGUGAGU